UUUAUAUACCUUAUUUUUUCGUGAUUUACAAGAUCUAUUGUUCGCAUGGAAACCAUCAAUACAAAAUUUUUCCAAACUACUUUUACCGAAGAAGUUGUACGCGAUUUACAUUUAAGAGACUUUUGGCUUUUGGAAGAGCCCUGUCACUGGACUCUCACGCACUAUUUAGAAAGCCUGGUAAAACUUGACCCAGCCGUUUCCAACCGAAAUGCGUCAAUUCGCAUCCGUCAUGACGCUAAAAUAAUUCAAGAGCAUGUGGUAGCUGGCACUGUGGCUGAAACGAUGGUUACAGCUAUUGUAAAUUACCCAACUAACGCUCGAGGUAAAAAAAUAUUUCAAGAAUACUUCAAACACCAUACUACACCAAUAGGAAUUGCGGCGAUGAAUUUUGAAACACAAAAAUCACGGUUACGAAGCAUAAUGUCGCAAGUAAUAGCUGAUGAAGAAGAAAUUAAUAUGCGUAAACGAAAUUAUGGAGAGAGCUCGGGCAAUAGUAGUAAAAUUGAGUAAAAAAAAGUACGAAUUGAUAAUAAUAAUAUCGAAGGAGAAGAAGAUGACAACAAAGAAAAAUGCAUUUGGACUGAAUGGAAAGAAUUCCUGGGCAAUCCAGAUAAUACGUCACAUUUAAUUCAAUUGAG